UUCCUAUCUUGUCUUUUCCCAAAGGCAAAUUGCCAGAAUUCUCCCACAGCGAGCGACUUCAGGAGUUUUGCGCUCGCUAAUCGUCAUAAAGCUCCAAUCCCACAGCCCAUUUGUCCUUGACACCUUCAUUCGCCUCCACUCGCGGGUCCGUUGUUCCUGAGGAACAGUAUCGUUCUCCUCUCAAGCCAACAUGAGUGACGUCAAAGAUACCUCGACUGCUGUGCACGCCACGACCAUCGACUAUGGUCACAACCAUGGUCAGAACUAUGGUACCACUGCUGGGGGCAGCGCUGCUCCCCAGUCGGCUCUGCAUCACGGCAACCCUGAAAUCAUCGAGGAGAGUCCCGAGCGAGAACCUAUCGAUUCAGGUGACGACGGUGUGAAGAAAACCUGGCGCUCCAAGUUCGCAUUCUUCAAGACCAAGGAGUUCUGGUUCAUUUUGCUACUUGGUCAGAUCCUGGCGAUCUGCAUCACGGGCACUAACACAUUGACGACAUUAUUGGUCAUGGAGGGCACCAGCAUCCCUGCCUUUCAGACCUUUUUCAACUACGUAUUGCUUAAUCUCAUCUAUACCAGCUUUACCAUCUACAAGUAUGGCUUCAAGAAAUGGGGACAACUGAUUCUCAAGGACGGUUGGAAAUAUAUCAUCCUUGCCUUCUUUGACGUCCAGGGCAACUACUUUACUGUACUCGCCUAUCGAUACACCACGAUCCUCUCCGCGCAGCUCAUCAACUUCUGGGCUAUUGUCGUCGUCGUGGUCCUCUCUUUCUUCUUGCUCAAAGUUCGCUACCACUGGGCACAGAUUCUGGGCAUCUUCACCUGUAUUGGUGGCAUGGGGGUCUUGCUAGCUUCCGACCAUAUUCAAGGAGUCAAUGGCGGAGACGUCAGCUCCGGAAAUCAGUUGAAGGGUGACUUGUUUGCCGUGGUCGGUGCCAGUUGCUACGGCCUUACCAAUGUCUACGAAGAGUGGUUCGUGUCCGGCCGGCCGCUGUACGAAGUCAUUGGACAAUUGGGAUUCUGGGGCUGCAUCAUCAACGGUGUCCAGGCCGCCAUUUUUGACCGCGAUGCGUUCCGAACCGCCGUCUGGAACGGUGAUGUCGGUGGGUACCUGACAGGCUACACUCUGAUCCUGACUCUGUUCUACACCCUGGUGCCGAUCCUAUAUCGCUUUGCCAGCGCCGCUUUCAUGAACAUUUCUCUUCUAACUGGGAACUUCUGGGGUGUCAUCAUUGGGCUCCGUGUCUUUGGAUACACGGUUCACUGGAUGUACCCAAUCGCUUUUGUCCUGAUCAUGGUCGGCCAGUUCAUCUACUACCUUGGAAAAGGUGUCUUGGGCGAGGCCGCCAAGGCAUGGCUGGGUGAAAAUCAGGAGAAGGGUAUUGACGGCUUUGGAAGCGCAAAGAGACGCAUCCGUAAGAUGCAAGAGAGUGCUGCUGGGCCUGGACGAGGGCAGGAAGGCCCGGAGAGCCCAGGGGUUGUCUGAAUUCUCUCGUGUUGGAGAGACAAGUUCCGUUAGAGGUUGAGAACGGCAUACGAAAGCAUCAGUCGACAAUGGAAACGACUACUACCAACCUUCAUUGGGAGGUUGCAGAUUGGGAACCGUGAUUGACCGAAGGGUUACAUCACAGACACUCAAGCAUACAGCCACUGAAAUAUCUACUUCAAUACAUGCACACUCGCUUAGCACGUUGUUAUCAGAUAUGACUGGCAUCUAAUGACAAAUCUUGUUGUAGUCAAGCA